UAAAACAUAUUUUUUUGCUGAUGUAAUUAAACAAAAUUUGUCUACAAAGGGUCUUUACAUAUGUAGUCAUUUACAGAGGGUUCUGUUCCCUUUAGUAAAGAACUCUCUGAUUCAAAUGAAAAAGAAAAGAUGAGUUCUUGGCAUAAGCUCUGUCCUUUGUCUUAUUCUGAAGGAUACCCUUUGCCUUUUUUAAUAAGGGCACAAAGCUGAGAAAAACUGGUUGAAAGUAAUUUAACUGAGACUUCAUUGAGAACUCGGUGGGGGAGGACUGCUGGAUGGGUGGAGAGAAAGAAGACGGGGGGUGGUGGCAAGGUCCCAAACCAUUUCCAUACACGUACUUAUGAGAACCAUACGGCACACUCUGAGAAAAAGAGGGACUGUUACACCUCCCCCAGUUUUCCAGCACACACACAUAGACUUGAACACACAUCCACACAUACACACACAUAGCCCUCCCCCAUCCCCUAUCCCUGCUUCUUCUGAAAACAUACAAUUCUUUUCUCUUUUCUUUUUUUUUUUUUUGCAACUCUUCCCAUCGCUCAUUCCCCCCACCUAACCCCACUACUCCUCCUCCUUUUUGGAAAAUCAGGGGAGAGACUGCAACUCAAAUCCAGGCACCAAACUUCUACCAGACAGGCAAGAGUGAAGAAGAAGGCAGAGUCAAUUCAGAGAAAGUAGUGAAAGAUUUUUUCUUUUUUCUUUAGAUGAAGUGGGAGUCUGCAAACUUGUGGGACAGCUUUUGAAUUUAUCGUCCAUUCCCUGCUAGACGUAGUGAAAGAAGUGGAGGCUGUAGAGAAGAAGAAAAGAAACAGAGAGAGGGGCAAAGAGAGAGAGAGAGACAGUCGCAAGAAGAAUGGGCUCUCCUGUGCUCUCUGGUGCUACCCUACUCUCUGUCCUGCUGUAUCUCUUCAGCGUCUCGAGCCAGGAGUUGAGGGACCGAGAUGCGCUGUGCACUAAGGACAGCUGCCUGGUGUUUUACAGGGAACGCAAGAUCUUCCUGGAUGCCUGGCGCUUCUGCAAGCACCAGGGCGGCAAUCUGGUCUCCGUCAAGAGCCAGGAGGAGGCGAACCUCUUGGUCACUCUCUUCUCGAAUAUGGAGCUGCGGGAGGACCAGCGUGUCCGUGCGUGGAUUGGUUUGCAGAGGCAGCCUCGCAAAUGCAACCCCAGCCGUCCAAUGCGGGGAUUCUCUUGGAUCACGGGGGAGCAGGACACUCAGUACACCAACUGGGAGCAAGAGGACUCCCCAAGCACCUGUUCAGUUCCUCGCUGUGUGAGCGUAAGUUAUAGUCCCGCUCCGCUAGAACAUUCCAACAACUUGAAGUGGAGGGACGGACCUUGUUCGAUUCCUGUGGACGGCUAUUUGUGCAAGUAUGCUUUCCCAGGUAUGUGCCAAGGAAUUCGGAGUGAGGGAGGUGGAAAUACAUUGUAUACUACCCCAUUUGACUUGGUCACUUCCUUCUUGACCCACAUCCCAUUUGGGUCCAUAGCAACUGUGCCCUGUCCUACCAAGGAUGACCAGGCAGUGCUGUGUACUCGCAGAGAGGAUAACACUGUGGGCUGGAACAGAGAUCCACCUUUCUGUUCCGAUGAGCCCGUGACAAGCUGGUGCCACGAGGACAAAGGUGGAUGCCACCAUCAAUGUGUAGAAGAUGGAGAACAUUACUACUGUAGUUGCAACGAAGGCUUUGUCCUGGCUCAAGACGCAGUGUCUUGCGUUCAAAUCGAUCCCUGCCAGGGAUCUCCCUGUGAGUUUGAGUGCCUGGCAGUGAUGGACAGUUAUCGCUGCGCCUGCCCUGAAGGCUACAUGUUGGCGCCAGAUGAACGGGGCUGUCUCGAUGUGAAUGAAUGCCUCCAGAGCCCGUGUGAACACAUCUGCAUUAACGCACCAGGGACAUUCGAGUGCAGUUGUCAUGAAGGCUAUCAAGCAGACGAAGAAGGCAAUUGUAAGGAUGUAGAUGAGUGUGUCGACUCCCCAUGUGAACAGGGCUGUGAAAACAUAUUGGGCUCUUACAUUUGUUACUGCCAAUUUGGAUUCUCCCUUCUACCAGAGGACCCAAGCCGCUGCCAGGAUGUUGAUGAGUGUCAGAUUGAAGGAACUUGUGAGCAAAUGUGCAUCAAUUACAAUGGGGGAUUUGAUUGCUACUGUAAGGAGGGCUAUUCACUCAGUGGGAAACGCAAUUCUUGUGUACGUAUUGGCGAGGACCCGCAGUCUCCCACAGUAACUGCCUCCUACCCUUGGAUGACAGAUCUUCCUGACUCUAUGUAUGAACCCCAAGGCACAGGAUACCCCUGGUCACAGGACCCUGACUCUGACUAUGACACUGAGACAGAGCCAGAGUCUCUGGAUUGGCUCACAGAGCCUCCUAAUAUGGAAACAGUUCCAACUGGUUUGUGGCUGGUGAGUAAUGCUCAACAGGAAGAGUCUGAAAUGACCCCUUCAACCGAAAGCCUCCCUUGGGUAAUUAAUGUGGAACGGGAAGACUUCUUACCAUCCACAACUUCACCUCCUCUGCCUGACUAUGAAGAUGAGAGUACCACUGCGUCUAUAGCGCCCCCUACCAUUACCACUACCACCACUGCAGGUGGUGCUUGGAACGGAAUGUGGUUCAGUCCUACUCCUACAGAAGAGAAAGAGCAAGACGAGGAUGUAACUACACAGCAACCUGCCAUCAUCCAAAGAGAAUAUGAAUCUUAUGACAGCCAUACUGAUAUGGACAACUAUGAUUAUGAAUCAACCACAUCUGAACCAGAAUUUUUAUCCUUUUUCCCGACAGUUCCAUCAACUCAGGGAACAUCUAGAGAGGAAAUUCUUGAAGAUGACAGCAACAGUAAUCCUUCCGUAAUCCAAAGCGAAUAUGAAUCGACCACGUAUAAAACUCGUGAGGAGGGCAGCAACAGUGAGAAGGCUGAGGGUAGCAGCUGGCUGCUAAUCGGAUUGUUGGUGCCUCUCUGUAUCUUCAUUGUGGUGAUGAUAGUGUUGGGUGUUAUCUACUUUACCCGAUGUACUGCGAAGCCACAGAACAAGAAUGCUACUGACUGUUACCACUGGAUUGCCGGUGCUGGUGACAAAGCAGCUGCGGAUAUGGCAGGUGGUGGCACAACUAAGGUGUAGUCCAAGUUCGCCAGGGCAUUGAGGGAAGUUCUGAACUUUCAUAGCAGAGGGUGGGGCAGGGGAAUUCGAUGAAGCGCUGUCUUGUACCAUUCCAGUCCUCAAUGUUCUUUCUUUUGAGGAUAUUUGAGGAUAUUUUAAAUGUCCUAAUGAAGUGUGGGAGGGGACAGGGAGGAAUUGGAAAACCACUAGCACUAUUUCUCUGCUGUACAAUGAGAGACAAUAAUAGACAAUAAGUCCUAUUCUUCUAUCGCUCACCCUGAUCACACUGCCAGUGAAUGAAAUGGUUGCUUGAUCACUUCAAUGUAGCAACUACAAAGAUGUCAAUGAGAUUGUCAAUGAAAAAGAAAGGACACUUUAGACUUUAUAUAUAUAUAUGUAUAUAUAUAUAUAUAUAUAUAUAUGUAUUUAUUUAUGGUUUUGAAGGAACAUUCCAUGAGAGUGGUGUUUUCUUCUUAAGGCCAUACAGGGAAGCUUAAACUCCAAAGAUAUAAAGUCAUUUUUCUUUGCAUUUCAAAGCAUUUCUCUGUUGAUUUUGUAAAUAUUGAACCUUGUCGCCUUUGUUUCCAUUCUCUGAGCCGUGAUGUCUUCUUGGUGGGUUCUGUUUUUUUCCCUCCUGCAUUAUUUGUUGGCUUCAUCCCAGACUUACUGCCAAUAAAUCUAUUCAGAAGGGGAACCCGAACUGUACUGGAUAGUUUUAAAGGCAUUUAAUCUCACGCUGCCUUUCAUAAAAUGGACAUAAACAAUGUGUCAAUGUUGUGAUUGUGACAAUGGACAUUGCUCCUCACUGUGGAUAAAUACUGCUAUCACGUAUUGCGUGUUGGCUAAUCCUCUGUUAGCAGAUGUGGUUUUAAUUUGCUUUACAUGCUGUAGCUUAUAUACACACACACCCACAUGUGCACAGGCAUAGAGCAGAGGCACAUGGAGUCAUAUUACACAAAAAUGACCUUGUUAUGGAUUCACACGGAACGUGAAAGACUCACAUAUGUGAAGGAAUGCAACUGUGGUGGAGUGUUGAUCAGUAACUCAUUUUUUUGUGUGUUUUCUUAAGAAUUCAUGCUUUUCACGCUAGUCUUGUACAUUGGUGUCAUUAUUCUAUAAAGAAAAACAUGCACAAGCUGUCUAAACCCAUAGUUUCAGACUUUCAAUGUCCAUACAUAACUAAGCAGAGCCAAAUAAUUACAACUGGGGUUAAAAUAAUAUUAAAAAAGACAUUCAGUCUUUGCUGAACCCGAUUUUACAGCUUAUAUAUUAAUUGCAGAUUUAUUCAACUUUGCUAAUAAUCUCAAGUUUUUUUUUCUGUAAACUUCAGCUUAAAAGCUUAAUUUCACAUCUUUUUUUUUUAUGAGUCACUAUCAGAAUACUGUGGUACUUGUGUACCUUUGGCCAACGAAAUGUUCCAAAAUGACUUAUGAUUCUAACUAUUUUGACUAAUAUAUUUUUUUUAAUUCAAGACUUAAGACUUCAUACUGUGAGCCCAGAUAAGUGGAAAUUACUUAAAAAAUAUUGAGGAAACCGGUUGCCUUAAUUUAAAAGUUAAGUAAUGGUAAAUAAAAACUUAAGUUAGCUUAGUUUAGAACAUCAAGUUAUUACAACUAAAGGGGAAGAUGGUUUAACUUUUUUAUUUUUGUAAUACUGUAAGACCAGACAAGUUGAGUUUAUUUAAUUUUUUUAAGGCAGCUGGUUUGCUCAAUUUUUUUAAGUAAUGGGGAAUGAAAACUUGAGUAAGCAUAAAAUACUGAUGGUGAGUGUCAGAAACUGUUGGACACACCCAGUAUGCAAAUAGAUUGUGACAGAAGCCAAUAGAAAAGAAGCUGCCAAAGGCAACAGACUAAACUCAGUUAUUAUAAGUUGGUUUUAUUCAAAGAUCUCAGUUUGAAUGUUUAUAUGUGCCCACAAAUGUUCAACUAACUCAAAGUAGUUGAGUUUUGUUUAGAAAUAUCCAAUUUUAUAUAAAACAGACUUAAAUCAUUUGAGUGCAAACAACAUAUGGGUUUACAGUGUGCAGACUUUUUUUUUACAUACAUAUUUCCUGCUUAAUCACUUUUUAUGUUUUACUUUUAAUUUCCUGUUAUGUAUGCAUCCACACUGUUAUGGCAAGGUACAUGACAGGGUUGAGAACGUUGGUGUUAAUUGGCAUUUACACUAAUUUAAUUUUUUUUUUUUUUUUUUUAACAUUUCAAAGUAAACACUGAUUUUAUUGUAUUAUUACUCCAUGGUUGACUUAUAGUUGCAGUCAUUUUGAAUUGUUCAUGUUUACCUUAUCAUGUUUCAAAGAUAUUUUGAAAAUUUCCAAAACGAUUUAAUUUACAGUGAAAUGAUAUCAUGGCAGGAUGCACAGGUUAAGCUUUACCCUUAUUCAAUAUGGAGACAACAUGAGUAAUAUUAAGGGAUUUUUUUCAGUUACUAAACAUGCACAUCCAAUUGUCUUCAGUUUCCUUGAAAAUAAAACAGUAUGACAUUUGUGACAUCA